AUGGCUGCGAUCGUCGCCCACGACUUCAUUUGCCUUGCCGUGCGACAAUUUCUCGUCGUCGCGCUGCUUCUUUCGCUCGCUGCGUCGCCUAUCAUGGUCACUGCUGACGCGUCAGCGGCUGACGGGACACAGCAUUCACCUGCGGAAACAGCGGAAGCGGCGGCAGCAGGCGCAACCGGCGCAGCUGCAGAAACACCAACAGUAGCGGCGUCGGAAGCGGCAGUGGCGGCGGAUCCCGAGCCGUACUGCGAGGACCUGUCGCGCGGCCCGUUGGUGCGCGAGAUUAGAACACUGUAUCAGGACAGCUACGGCAUGGAGGGCGUGGCGGUGAUCACGCUGGGCGGCAAGGUGCAGCACGGGCUGAAACACGUGGAGGUGUUCAUGAUGACGUUCGCGCCCGGUGCCAAGACGCCCAUUCACUCGCACCCGCAGGAGGAGGUGGUGGUGAUCACGCGCGGAGAGGGCAAGGUGUGGGUGGUGGAGGAGAAGAAGACAGAGCCGUCCGCGCAUGCAGUCAAGCGCAACACCACCGUUACCUUCCAACCCAAGGCCCUGCACCAGAUUGUGAAUGAUGGCAAGGAGGAGCUGCAGCUGAUAGCAUCGUACUCCAAGCCGCCCCACAAGAUGGCCGUGCACGCCACGUGGCAGACCGCCCGCAAGGACGCUGAGAGCGCCGGCCGCGCCUCGUGGGAUGCGUGUGUGGUGCGAGAGGGGGAGGGGGGUGAGGCGGUGGAGGGGGAGAGAGGGGCGGCGGAGAGGAAGCAAGGGGGUGCUGCUGAGACAGCUGCUAACGGGGAGGCUGGUGCAGCGACUGGAGGGAAUGUGGUGGGGGAAGAUGCGACUGCGAGAGCAGAGGAGGACGAGCUCAGAAGGGACUUGGAGGGAGACGGUGGGGAGGUAGCAGGGUCGUCACAGGAGGUGAAGGAUGAGCUGUAG